UUUUCAUUCAACAUGUCGGCCGCGGUGGGUGCAGGAAUCAUUGUCCUUUUAACAGCUAUUUUAUUUAACUUUGCCUUACAUAAAAUCGAUGAAGGUCAUGUUGGAGUUUACUAUAGGGGUGGUGCUCUUCUUGCCAGUACAAGUGGGCCAGGUUAUCAUUUCAUGACACCAUUUAUCACAUCGUAUAGAUCAGUACAAUCAACUCUACAAACAGAUGAGGUUAAAAAUGUCCCAUGUGGUACAAGUGGAGGUGUAAUGAUUUACAUUGAUAGGAUUGAAGUGGUUAAUAUUUUAAAUGCAGAAAAUGUUUUUGAAGUUGUAAAGAAGUACACUGCAGACUAUGAUAAAACUUUAAUUUUCAAUAAAGUUCACCAUGAAUUGAAUCAGUUCUGUAGCAGUCACUCUCUUCAAGAAGUCUACAUCGAUUUGUUUGACCAGAUUGAUGAAAAUCUUAAAUCUGCUCUUCAAAAAGACCUGUUAGUAAUGGCUCCUGGUCUUACUGUUCAUGCUGUGAGAGUAACAAAACCAAAGAUUCCUGAAGCCAUCAGAAGAAAUUAUGAACUAAUGGAAGCUGAGAAGACCAAGCUUAUGAUUGCACAACAGAAGCAAAAAGUGGUGGAGAAAGAAGCAGAAACAGAAAGAAAGAAAGCUGUUAUUGAGGCUGAAAAACAAGCAAUGGUAUCCCAAAUACAGUACCAACAAAAAAUCAUGGAGAAAGAAAGUCUCAAAAAGAUGUCCAUGAUUGAAGAUGCCACUUAUGUUGCAAAAAUGAAAUCACGUGCUGAUGCUGAUUUCUACAUUGCUCAAAAAGAAGCAGAUGCGAACAAACUUAAACUGACAAAGGAGUAUCUGGAACUUAAUAAGUACAAAUCCAUUUCCACGAACUCCAAGAUCUACUUUGGGCCAAAUAUACCAAGUAUUUUCUUCGAUCCUAGUAAAAUGAGUGCAACUGAAGUAAAAACGACAAAGGAAUAAGUUGCAGCACAACUUUCUUUUUCACGCUAUGAUGUGUAGAAGUGUAUACACGACCUGAAAGCAUGCCUAUGACUGGUUGAAGCAAAUUUUGUAUGACGUGACCGUAACGUUCCCGACCAUUUUGAUUGGCUUAGAAGUGUUUACACGCGCGCUGAUCGGUUCAAAGGAUGUCUUGCGUACCGUGAUGGCGUUUGUCGUCCCCACUUCAGUCAUACGAAAACUGCUCUAACUCGUACGUCAAUUUAAAUGAAUAUAAUGAUAAAGACGUGACUUCAAGAAGUAAAUAAAUCGUUUGAAAAGGCCAUCAAGCAGAAAUGAGAACCAAGCACUUUGGAGCUUUUGAUGGGAGUCAUACAAAAAGAAUUUAGAGUAGUGUCCACGUUGCGAGAUUUUUAAGAAAUUUAAUUUCAUGUCAUUUUGUUAUUCCUCUUGCAGUAAUUGCAAAGGGGUCGUUACUAUUCUAUUUUGAUUACUACAGUACCAUUAAUGUCGAAGUGCGACCCGCGAAAGUUUGAUGUCUCGAUGAACUGAAAUAAAAAAAACGAUAUAUCUUCAGGAAGACUUCAGACUAGUUUAAAGAUUUUAAUCAUCUAGUCCAAAAUCUUCCUCAAAUAUUGUAGUCUUUUCUUAGUUCUUUGAUUGACGGUCGUUGAAAUGCUAGUUGGCGAAUGAGCUAUUUGUAGGACAUAAUCACGUGACUGUUACUGGAUGACAAAAAAUUCCUUUAUUCAAAUAAAUUUUGCUGGAUUAGUAAUGUCAUAUCCAAAAUCUUUUCCAAAAUGUUUUUCCCCUUACAAGAUACAAAGCCAUUAAAAGUUUGCUUGCCAUCCAGCAGAGCCUUCCCCAAGGGACAUUUGGCUGAAUUGAUUCGUUAUUGAAGGGAUAUAUUAGCAGUGACUGUUUGCUGCAAAUGGCCUAUUACAAAACAUAAAACUUCGCGGGUCCUCUUCAACGAUAAUGGUAUCGGUAUCUCGUGCAUCUUUAGGAAAUCUUUCACAAUUUGAUGUACAAUUUGAAAUUUGAAAAUAAAUUUUCAGCACUA